AUGCUUAAUAUUCCAGGAAUUCUAGAUUUACUCACUAAGAAUGAAGAAAACUUCACUACGGAAGAUGUGGUUGAUCAAUUGAACUAUGGAGUUACUGUUUACAUGUUGGCUUUUUUUGCUUUGUUGACUGGAUCCAAACAACAUUUCGGAAACCCAAUCCAAUGCAUCACACCUGCCGAGAGUUCAGAUUCUUGGGUAAACUACUAUCAUGAUUAUUGUUUCAUCCAAGAGAAGUUUAUUUUGAAAAAUUGGAACUUUAAUAAUGUAAAAACUGAUAGUAAAAUAAUCAAUCCCAAAGAGAGUGGGCGCGUGGCAUAUUAUCAAUGGGUUCCUUAUGUUCUAUUUUUACAAGCCUUGUUCUUUCUCACUCCGCGAGUCAUCAGAAAAUGCUUAGGAAACUAUUUUAGUAAAGGCUGUGAUUUCGAGAACGUUCUAAGUGAAGCUGGUAGAUUGAAGGAAAAACUUGGAAAGGAAAGAGUAGAAACUUUGAAAACACUUUCUCAUUUCAUCAGCAAAAUGUUGAAGUGGAAAAAGACGAAAUCAAUGUUUGGUGGAUUCACGUUAACUGUUAACUACGUUCUCUGUAAAGUUUUGUUACUUCUAAACUCUGCUGGUCAAUGGUUCACUUUAACCGUUUUCGUAGGCAAUGGAGAAUACUAUUGGGGUUUCCAGGUAAUGGAAAAAGUUCUGACAAGCGUCGACGUUUCUCCUACUGAUGGCUUCUUUCCAAGAAUCGUCCAGUGCAGUGUUAAUCAAGCGGACUUAGCUAGUAUUCAUGUUAAAAACAUGCAAUGCGUUUUGAUGCUGAACUACAUCAACGAGAAAAUAUACGUUUUUCUAUACUUCUGGCUGUUGGUGUUAACGGCAGCCAAUGCUUUGGCUCUUCUUCGUUAUGCCUUGUUUCUAGUUUUUCCUAGUUACAGGAUUCGUCUGAUUAACUCUCUCAUUCCACUACAAUCUCUCGUGCCUUUGUCCUCAACGGAAUCGUUUGCUAAGCGUGUUCACAAAGUUUUAGGCUCCGAUGGAAUUUUAUUGUUGCUGUUUGUUGACAAACAGGCUGGAGGCCUUAUAACUUAUGAAAUCGCUAAGCAAAUUUUCAAAGCCAUAGCUCCUACGAGGCUCAAAGCGUCAGUAGAAUGUGGCAGGAGUGUGGAAGAUUCCCUGUCAAAUAAUGAAAAAAUUGAAUAUCUUAACUGUACUAAUGAAAGAAUUAAUAACAAAUGGAACGAAACGUUUCCUUCUUGUGAGUUGAGAGAGGGAGGAACUUUUGGUGGUUACGAGCGUAGGCCUAGAGCUUCAGCUCCUGAACUUUCUAAUGGUGAAUCGAAUGACUCAACAUUGCCUAUUGAUUCUUCGUUAUGUGUUCCUGAAUCGCGAGGUGUCAUAAUGGUGGACAAUAGAUUUGAAAUGGCUGCCCGUCAGAUGAACAUGAUCGAAAAAUUGGCUAACUCCUUUGGAGCUCUUUAUAGACAUCAAAAGGCCCAGUUUCCUCGUAGGGCCGCUAUUCUCAGAUCAGUAUGGAAGCAUGAACUUGCUCCUCCUAAACAAGCUGACUGGCCAGUCAUUCAGAAAGAGUGGAAGGCUCUAGUACAGGCUGUUCAAACCAAGACUUACCGCCAGUAUACUGUUCGAGAAGCUGCUGUGUACGGAGCUGUUGUUCUUGAGAUUCUGGCCUGGUUCUUUGUUGGUGAAAUGAUUGGUCGUCGUUAUGUCUUUGGAUAUCUUGUAGCAUCAGAUUACGUAUCUGCUGAUACCAAAAAGAAAGCAGCCGAACAAACCACAGAAGAAAAAUCUGCUUUCAUUCCUCAAGACCUCGACAUUCAUAUUCUUUAUUAUAGACUUCGUCAGGGAGCCGAUUCCGGGAUGCACCCAUCACAGACGCAAACUGCAGCUAUGGAUCAGCAAUACUAUUAUGCUUCUUUACCUUCACAUGGUUCGAUGCCGUAUCAGCAAUAUCAAACAUCUUAUUAUCCCGGCGAACAACAAUAUGUCAUGGCAGGGCAUCAACAGCCAAUAGUAAUUCCCAUGGCUCAGUCUUACGUAUAUCUCCCUCAGCCCCACGUCCCCGCUACACAGCAAUAUUUGCCACCUGUUUAUGGAGCUCAUCCAAACUCUCAGCAGAUUUACUAUGAGAACAUGUAUAUGCAUCCUCCAACCACAACCCUCCAGAAUGGUCAAAUAACUCAUGACAGUUCAAAUGGAUCUGCAGGACCAUUGUUGACAUCAACCCCUCUUCCCACCGAAUACAUUGCUAUACCUCCGCCAAUGACGAAUCAGGUUCCUUACGCCGACAUCCGAACUGCACAUAUGAAAUACCAUAAAAGUAUGGAAACUGAUGAUGUCUGUCUGGCUAAUGUAUCUAAUAUUUCUCCUGAAGCUGAUGCAACAAUAUGUGAGAGUAAAACGCAUAUUGAGGAAGUUGCUCCUCAUAGAAACAGUGUGGCUCAUCCUAACUAUAAGACGAGGAUGUGUGUGAAACAUUCACAUGGAAAAGAGUGUGAUCUGAGGAAUAAAUGUCCCUAUGCGCAUGGCGUUGAAGAGUUGCGACAGUCUGAUCAAAAUGGAGUGUCUCGUGUCAACCCGAAAUAUAAAACACGAUUGUGCAAGAAUUUCAUGAGUGGAAACGGUACUAGAUCACUGUGUCCCUACGGUCUCAGGUGUGAAUUCAUACACCCUACAGAUAAGCAGUUUGCUAAUCUUCCAAUUAAUAUCCGCAAUUCAAUUGCUCCCUCAUUUUUGAUUUCUACUAACCCAGCAGAUGUUACUCCUGAAUCGAUUGCUGAUUAUUACCCAGCUUGUGUCACUCGGAGCGCUGCUAAGGCUGCUCCUGAGAAAAUCUUGUUGAAAAAUAGAAAUGUAGUGGGAUCUAUGAUGUGCUUAACCGGAACAGCUAGGAAGGAUGACGAUAGUGCGAUAUGCUCGGGCUCUUCCGAAAGUGGUAGCUCUAUGCAUAGUGCUCGAUUCAGAGGACGUAAUGCUGUUCCUAUGCCCUCCAAGUUUUCACGAAGAAGAUCCAUGUCUCAACAAAACAUGAAAAAAUGGAAUUCUAUCGAAGCAAUUAAUACGGAUUUUCGUGCCUAA